AUGUUUGGGGUUCCAGAGACGUUGUCCAAGAAAUGCCAGGCCAUAUUUAACGAACCAGUCCAGUGCAGCGCAGGUCUUGGGAGCAUGGCCUUUAAGGGCGCAUUCCCCUCAAGCGAUCGCCUGGCUUCAAUUUGCACUGACGAUUGCUGCAAGUCUCUGAAUGCUUUUCGCUCUGAACGAAAUGAGGCUUGCUCCAGCGAAACGUUCAAGCUAGAUGGGCGGAACACACCAGCAACGUACAAUGUUGAUCAGCUUCUUUUCACCUACGACUACAUCUGUCUUCGAGAUGGAAGGGCCAAGGACUUUUGCACUUCGCUCAUCCAUAUGUGGUCCGACAAAGAUGUUGAGCUCAACUCUCCUUUUGGCUAUAAUGAGGAGUUGGUGGACUACUAUAGUUCUUUGACUUCAUCUUGCCAAGUUACCGACUAUCCCUUCACAUCACCAGACGCCUACUUUGUUGAGGAGACCACCACUUCGACGCAGACUCAAGACACAACUAAACCCUCUGGGAGCACUGAGACGCACUCCGGAUAUCGUGGCGAUGUUGAUGAUUGCUUCAUAACUUUCCCAGUGCCUGCCAGCUGCUAUGCAACCAGUGUCAAGACUGUCCCAGGAACCUGGACAUUCCCUUCUCGUGCCUCUCGUCCAACCCGACAACCAGAAUGGACAGAAUUACCGCUGGCACCCGGCACUCCCCCAGACUGCGCAGAAUAUGCUCCUUAUAUAGACCUACCGCCAAGACGUGGGAGGAAACCAAGUGUUAACAGAUGCUUGGUGGUCGCAGAUAUCUUUGGUGAGAACGUGACCGAUUUCGUAUCGCUGAACCCAUCUUUGUCUUGGAACCCUGACGAUCUCGCAAAAUGUGAGCUCCAGAGAGGUUAUCGUUACUGCAUACGAAAGAUCCGGAGAAAGCAUACCAGCACUGGGAGCAACGGACUGCCGACGCCGCUCCCCAUCCAGAAUGGUAUUAUGUCAGACUGUACAAAGUUUUAUUACGUCAAGGAUGGCGAUCGAUGUGACAACAUUCUUUCGGAGCACAAUGCGGAUGUUUCCGACUUCCAUAACUGGAAUCCCGCCGUGAAGGACGACUGUUCUAGGCUCCAACCCAGGUUCUAUGUGUGUGUGGGCGUCGGCCAUGAUGGUACAAGUGCAAAGCCUUCUACCGAAACACAACCUUCCGAGUUGUAA